UGCAAGGGGCAAAUGGUACCAGGCAGGAGGAGAGUUGGCUCUGAUGCGGCCCAACCUGUUCUCCUGGCUUGCUUUUGGGCAUUUAACUGCAGCUCCAUCCCCUCGGGCCUGCCAGAGCAGCAGUGAUACGCUGAGGAGGAGACAUCUGUCCCUGGGCUUUCCUGCCAACAGCACACGAUAACUUUGCUCUGGUUUGGAUUUUCUAUGUGUUUUGGUGUAAAGUCCAAGAUAUGUGGAUGUAACUACGUCUAAGACAUUAUGAGCGGGGACAAGAAGAGUAGAGGUUUCUCAGACAGCCUGUGCCUAGACGACUCUGAGAAAGGAGUCGUCGUCACAGGAAUGACCGAUGACACAAAUGCUGCAAUGAGUGGCCUUCACGUAGGGGAUGAGAUUGUUGCAGCCACCAUACACCUAGACCACCUCAACAAAAAUGAAGUGCUGAACAUCCUGAGGGUCCUGGAGCCAUAUGAUCACAACAUGAAGUUUCUGACAAAGAAGCAACUAAACGCCAGCGCUGGCCUUGGCUCCCUGGGAUUAGACCUCACAGACUCUACAAAGACGCUCAACCUCAAGAAGGAUCUGUCACUGGAUGCAUCAGCUGAGGCACCUGUUAUUUCCCUUAAUGGCCUGAGUGGAAAGCUAAAUGCCACACAGGGGUUGGGGGGUGAAAUAGGUGGUCCCACUCUCAAUGGAGACCUUCCCAGUCUCAGUCUAAAUAAGCGCUCAGCUGAUGCUGGUGCCAAGUUCACAAUGCCCUCCCUAGGACUGACUGGACCAGAUAUAAAAGGAGAUCUAGAUGGCAGCCUUAAAGCACCUGAUGUCAGGGUCUCAACUCCCAAGCUCAACACCCCCAAUUCCUCACUCGAGAAACCUGAUAUCAAGACAGGCAACAUUAAUUACAAUGCCCCGAAAUUCUCGAUGCCACACUUCAAUCUGCCUCAACUCAAAUCACCAAAAGCAAAAAUGGAUGUUUCUGGUGAUCUCCCUUCUGUCAGUGGAAAUGUAAAGACCCCAGACCUCAAUCUGGCAGCCCCAAAAUUAGAUCUUAAAAGUCCAGAUUUGAACCUGAAUGGGCCAAAAGUGGAUCUGAAUGGUCCUAAUGUAAAUUUAGGAACCCCAAAUGCUGACAUCGAGGCACCCUCAGGCAAAGGCAAGUGGCCCCAUUUAAAAUGGAAAGGUCCCAAAGUUAAAGGACCGGAUGCCAACUUAAAUUCUGACCUGUCUGCACCUGAUUUCAGCCUCACCAAACCAAAGAUCAAUGGGGAUCUAAGUGUACCAGAUGUUGACAUUAAUUGUCCCAAAGCUGACAUCAAAAGCCUUGAUCUGGAUCUUCAAAACCCAAAUCUUGACAUUGAUGCUCCAUCUGGUAAAAUCAAUUGGCCUCAUUUGAAAUGGAAGAAACCCGGACUUAAUGGCUUAAAAGCUGAUUUGGCUUCAGAUGCAAACCUGAAUACACCUUCUCUUCCAAAAGUGGAGGGUGGAAUAAAUUCCCCAGAUUUUGACAUUAAUUUGCCAAAGGCUGACCUCAAAGGCCCUGAUCUAGACAUGCAAACCCCAAAUAUUGAUGUAGAUGCUCCAUCUGGUCAAAUAAACUGGCCUCACCUUAAAUGGAAGAAGCCCAAACUUCAAGGCCCAAAAGCAGACUUGGGCAUAGAUGCAGACCUAAACACACCAGAUUUAAAUGUCUCAGCACCAAAGAUUAAUGUACCAAAUGCUGAGCUGAAUCUCCCAAAAUCUGAACUUAAUGGCCCCAAGGUAGAUUUUGAUGCCCCAGAUCUUGGGAUUGAUGCUCCAUCAGGGAAAAUUAACUGGCCUCAUCAGAAGUGGAAGAAACCCAAACUUAAUGGCCCAAACACUGAUAUGGACCUGAAUGCAGAUCUGAGCACACCAGAUGUUGAUCUCUCUGUUCCAGAUGUUGAUCUGAAUUUGCCCAAAGCUAACCUUGGUCUAAAAGCACCAAAUGCUGACAUAGAUGCUCCUUCUGGCAAAAUCAAGUUCCCAACACUCAAAAAGCCCAAGUUCCAUCUUCCUGGGGCUAAGGUGAAAGGCCCAGAUGUUGACCUUGAUGCAGAUGUUAAAGCACCUGAUCUCAGUCUCUCUGCUCCAUCACUUAAUGGACCUGAUGUUGAUCUGAAUUUACCCAAAGCUAAUGUAGAUCUUAAAACACCAAAUGCUGACAUUGAGGCUCCUUCUGGUAAAAUCAAGUUUCCAACACUCAGAAAGCCAAAGUUCCAGUUUCCUGGGGCAAAGGUGAAAGGCCCAGAUGUUGACCUUGAUGCUAAUUUAAAAGCACCUGAUCUCAGUCUCUCUGCUCCAUCACUCGAGGGACCUGAUGUUGAUCUGAAUUUACCCAAAGCUGAUAUAGAUCUUAACGCACCAAAUGCUGACAUCAAGGCUCCAUCUGGGAAGUUUAAACUUCCAACUUUUAAAAAGCCAAAGUGGUCAGUCUCAGGUCCUAAUAGUCCAGAUGCAAAUCUAAAUGCUGAUGUUUCAGCCCCUGACUUGAGUCUCAGAGCUCCAAAGUUUGAUGGUGAGAUAAACGCACCAGAUGUAAAUCUAAACUUACCAAAAGCUGACCUGGAAGGCCCUAAGUUAGACAUUAAUGCUCCAGAUGUUGAAGGUCCUUCUGGAAAAUUAAAAUGGUUCAACUUCAAUAAACCCAAACUUGGCUCACUGAAGGGUCCAAAGGGUGGCAUCGAUGCUGAUGUGAAGGUACCUGACUUGGACCUCAAGGCACUUGAUGCGAAUUUGAGUGCACCACAUUUUUCAGCACCAAACAUUGAGGGUGGAAUUAAAUCUCCAGACCUCAGCAUUGGCAUGCCUAAUGCUAAAGUCAAAGGUCCAGAUGUAGAUCUUAGUGGUCCAAAUAUUAACCCAGAUAUUAACAUACCCGAUGGUAAGCUGAAGUUUCCUAAACUUAAACUACCAAAAUUCAAUGGGCCAAAAGCCAAGGCUCCUGAAUUGGAUGCUGAUUUAAAAGCACCAGACAUUGACGCCAGACGUCUUGUCUUACCUAAAGGUGAUGUGGAUGCACCUAAUGUAGACCUAAAAGCAUCAGGUCUCUUGUCUGCACCAAAAGUUGGUCUUGAUGCACCGGAUCUCGACAUCAAUUUACCAAAAGCUGAUCUAAAAGGUCCCAAUGUAGACCUUCAAGGUCCAGAGGUUGACUCCCUAGCUGGAAAAAUCAAGCUACCCAAAAUAAACUUACCAAGAUUUAAAAAGGACCUAAAAGGACCUAAUAUUGAUGUUGAUGCUGACAGUGUCUCUUUUCCUGAUGUAAAUCUUAAAUUGCCAACAGCUGAUGCCAAAGCACCUAACUUGAAUCUUUCUGCCCCCACUAUCAAAGGCGAACUCAGUACUCCAGAUCUGGAUACUGAUCUUAAGACAGACAUAAACCUUUCAGCCCCAAAAACAAACAUCAGUGUACCAGACUUCAAUCUUUCUACACCGAAGAUUAAGGCUCCACAUGUAAACCUUAAUUUGCCCAAAGCUGAUGUGAAGGGACCCAGUCUGGAUCUACCAAAAGCAGACCUGCAGGUACCUGAUCUCAACUUGAAUGCACCAGCUCUCAGCCUGUCUUCACCAAAAAUUGAUGGAAACCUCUCAGCACCAAACAUAGACACCAAGUUGCCAAAAACUAAACUGGAAGCACCAAAUAUGGAUAUCAACCUGGCCAAAACAGACCUCAAAGGACCUGAUGCACAGUUAAAGACACCAGGUCUAGAUUUUGAUUCCCAUCUGGGGGAAUUUAAUAUGCCUCAUUUCAAGGUUCCAAAACUGGGUCUUUCAAGACCUGAAGUAGAAGUUCCCAGUGUUCAUCCUUCAGUGGAGGCUGGACUCAAGGCACCAAAGAUCAACAUAGGCACUACUACGGAAGACAUCAAAGGACCCAAAGCUCCAAAUGUGGAUGCCAAUCUUGAAAAUUCAAAAUUGUAUCCUGUAUUUAAAGUCCACAGACUACCCAGGAACAGCAUUGAUGACGUUUCAGGAAGUAGUGAUACCUUAGGCUCAUUAAAACUUAACACAGAGGAAAAGGAUUAUAUCGUCAGCAAAGGGAUACGCUUGCCAGUGGUAAAUGCAACAUCAAAAGCAGGAGGAAAGAUUGACCUUAUGGAGAGAUUGAAAAUGUCAAAGAACAAAGCAACCUCAGUUACCCUCCCACCAUCUGAUGUCGAUCUCAAGCUCUCCGCCCCAAGUCUUGAUGUUAGCGCCUUGACAAAAGAAGGAGAUUCUGCUUUGGUGAGAGGAGGUACUUUCAAAGUAGAAAAGCCAGAGUCGGCACUGGGCUUGGUAGCCCCUGAGAUUUCGGCAUUAGGUGCAAAUGACAAAUUGUCAUUGAGCCUCUCCAAUAUGCUCGGCCUUGAUAUCAAAGAUUCAGAUGCUGACUGAUUCCUUCUAGGCUAACCUGAUGGGUAAAGCUUCAGUCCAGAAACAUUGUAAAUAAAUCUUACUUUACCAGUUUUCUUCCCUAAGUUUGGGACCCUAAACUCAGAUGUUGAUAAUGAUAUAAUGUUUACCUAUGCUUGCUACAGUUUUCUGCAGAUAAUGCAGCUACAGUACCCUCCAUGUGUAAUAACUUUGAGUAGCCAAAUGAAAAAGAUUGUUUUUUUAAACUACGUGUAUAUUCCUGUUAUUUAUAUAAGCUGUUUUUCUAAACAUUGUUGAUUUGGAAGUAUGUUAACUAUUACAUAACUGCCUCAGUAUUGCAUGUGAUCACAUCGAGCUGUUUAAGUUUCUGAGAAAUGCAUUACUUUACCUUUAAAUUUUCACAGAAGAGAAUUGCGUGAAUUGAUAUAUUUGUUAAUUUUUUCUUCAAUAAAUAACUAUACAUUUA